AUGAUAGAGCAGGUUGAACAACAAAAAGUUUGGGACAUAAAUAGCACCUCUGCUUUCAAGAUUCAUCAAGCUAUUGGUAAAAUGAUUAUCACUGAUCGUGAACCAUACAGCGUAGUUGAAAAAGAAGUUAAAGAAGAGCUUCGCGUGCAGCAAACUCGUGAAGAGAUAAAAAAACGUCCCAUCAUGAACAAAAGGAAAUUGCAACAAAAUAAAAAAAAUCAAAUAUCCGAAGAGAGCAACAGAGUAACAAAAAAAAAUAAAAUUAAAAGACAAUUAUAUGCUGAGAAGGACAUAUGCGUCAUGUGUGGUGAGGCUGGCCGAGACAACGAAAUGUGGUUUCGUUGCAGAAAUUGUGCCAAGUGGGCUCACGAGCUCUGCACGAGUGUUUCUAGUGCAGUUGAUUACAUUUGCGAAUUUUGCAUACAUGAAUAA